GCUUGAAACUUCUCCCAAACUCGACAUGGAAACAGCGGCGGCGGCGGCGCUGCCCGCGUUCCUGGCGCUCUGGUUCCUCUCGGCUUGGCUUUUCCUGGGGUCUGCCCAAGGCCAGUUCUCCGCAGGUGGCUGCACUUUUGAUGACGGCCCCGGGGCCUGCGAUUACCACCAGGACCUGUAUGAUGACUUUGAGUGGGUGCAUGUCAGUGCACAGGAGCCCCACUAUCUGCCGCCUGAGAUGCCACAAGGUUCCUAUAUGGUAGUGGACUCUUCCAAUCAUGACCCUGGAGAAAAAGCCAGACUUCAGCUCCCUACGAUGAAGGAGAACGACACUCAUUGCAUUGAUUUUAGUUACCUGCUGUACAGCCAGAAAGGACUGAAUCCUGGCACUUUGAACAUAUUAGUUAGGGUCAAUAAAGGACCACUCGCUAAUCCGAUUUGGAAUGUCACUGGAUUCACGGGUCGAGAUUGGCUUCGGGCUGAACUAGCAGUGAGCACCUUUUGGCCCAACGAAUAUCAGGUGAUAUUUGAAGCGGAAGUCUCAGGCGGGAGAAGUGGAUACAUCGCCAUUGAUGACAUCCAAGUCCUCAGUUAUCCUUGCGAUAAAUCUCCUCAUUUCCUCCGACUUGGGGAUGUAGAGGUCAAUGCAGGGCAGAAUGCUACAUUUCAGUGUAUCGCUACAGGGAGAGACGCAGUACAUAACAAGUUAUGGCUGCAGAGACGAAAUGGAGAAGAUAUACCGGUAGCCCAGACUAAGAACAUCAAUCACAGAAGAUUUGCCGCUUCCUUCAGAUUGCAAGAAGUGACAAAAACUGACCAGGAUUUGUAUCGCUGUGUAACUCAGUCAGAACGAGGUUCGGGUGUAUCCAAUUUUGCUCAACUUAUUGUGAGAGAACCACCAAGACCCAUUGCUCCUCCCCAGCUACUCGGUGUGGGACCUACCUAUUUGCUGAUUCAACUAAAUGCUAAUUCCAUCAUUGGUGAUGGUCCUAUUAUCCUGAAAGAAGUGGAGUACCGGAUGACAUCAGGAUCCUGGACGGAGACCCAUGCAGUCAACGCUCCAACGUACAAAUUGUGGCAUUUAGAUCCAGAUACGGAAUAUGAAAUCCGAGUCCUACUUACCAGACCCGGUGAGGGUGGAACAGGACUGCCAGGACCUCCACUGAUUACCAGAACGAAGUGUGCAGAACCUAUGCGAACCCCAAAGACAUUAAAAAUUGCCGAAAUACAGGCAAGACGCAUUGCUGUGGAUUGGGAAUCCUUGGGCUACAACAUUACUCGGUGCCACACGUUCAAUGUCACGAUCUGCUACCAUUUCUUUCGUGGUCACAAUGAGAGCAAGGCGGACUGUUUAGACAUGGAUCCCAAAGCCCCUCAACAUGUUGUGGACCAUCUGCCUCCUUAUACAAAUGUCAGCCUCAAGAUGAUCCUAACCAAUCCUGAAGGAAGAAAGGAGAGUGAGGAGACAAUUAUUCAAACUGAUGAAGAUGUGCCUGGUCCUGUACCUGUCAAAUCACUUCAAGGAACAUCCUUUGAAAAUAAGAUCUUCUUGAAUUGGAAAGAACCUUUGGAACCAAAUGGAAUCAUCACUCAGUAUGAGGUCAGCUAUAGCAGCAUAAGAUCCUUUGAUCCGGCGGUUCCGGUAGCAGGACCUCCCCAGACUGUGUCAAAUCUGUGGAACAGCACUCACCAUGUCUUCAUGCAUCUCCACCCUGGGACCACCUAUCAGUUUUUCAUUCGAGCCAGCACUGUCAAAGGCUUUGGACCACCCACAGCCAUCAACGUGACUACUAAUAUCUCAGCUCCGACUUUACCCGACUAUGAAGGAGUCGAUGCGUCUCUCAAUGAAACUGCCACUACGAUAACUGUAUUGUUGAGACCAGCUCAAGCCAAAGGUGCACCUAUCAGUGCCUAUCAGAUCGUCGUGGAGGAGCUGCACCCACACCGAACCAAGAGAGAAGCAGGGGCCAUGGAGUGCUACCAGAUUCCUGUGACCUACCAACAUGCCAUGAGCGGGGGGGCGCCUUAUUACUUUGCGGCAGAACUCCCACCUGGAAACCUCCCGGAACCCGCCCCGUUCACAGUGGGGGACAACAGGACAUAUCAAGGUUUUUGGAACCCCCCUCUGGCUCCCCGCAAGGGAUACAACAUCUAUUUUCAGGCCAUGAGCAGUGUGGAGAAGGAAACUAAAACCCAGUGUGUACGAAUUGCUACAAAAGCAGCAGCAACAGAAGAGCCAGAAGUGAUACCCGAUCCUGCCAAGCAGACAGACCGAGUGGUGAAAAUAGCAGGAAUUAGUGCCGGAAUUCUUGUGUUCGUCCUCCUCCUCCUGGUUGUCGUGUUAGUUGUCAAAAAGAGGAGGAGCUACUAUUCUUACUCCUACUACCUCAAACUUGCUAAAAAACGCAAAGAUGCUAUGGGGAACACCCGGCAGGAAAUGACUCACAUGGUGAAUGCGAUGGAUCGAAGUUACGCAGAUCAGAGCACUCUGCAUGCAGAAGAUCCUCUUUCCAUCACCUUCAUGGACCAGCAUAAUUUUAGCCCCAGAUUGCCCAAUGAUCCACUUGUGCCGACUGCUGUGUUAGUCCCUAUAACUGAUGAAAACCACAGUGCUACAGCAGAAUCCAGCCGCCUUCUGGAUGUACCUCGCUACCUCUGUGAGGGGACAGAAUCCCCGUACCAGACAGGACAGUUGCACCCAGCCAUCAGGGUAGCCGACCUGCUGCAGCACAUUAAUCUAAUGAAGACAUCGGACAGCUAUGGGUUCAAAGAGGAAUAUGAGAGUUUCUUUGAAGGACAGUCAGCAUCUUGGGAUGUUGCUAAGAAAGAUCAAAAUAGAGCAAAAAACCGAUAUGGAAACAUUAUUGCAUAUGACCACUCCAGAGUAAUUUUGCAACCUGUUGAGGAUGAUCCUUCUUCAGAUUACAUUAAUGCCAACUAUAUAGAUAUUUGGCUGUACAGGGAUGGUUACCAAAGACCAAGCCAUUAUAUUGCCACUCAAGGCCCAGUUCAUGAAACAGUAUAUGAUUUCUGGAGAAUGAUUUGGCAAGAACAGUCUGCCUGCAUUGUAAUGGUUACAAACUUAGUUGAAGUUGGCCGGGUUAAAUGCUAUAAAUAUUGGCCUGAUGACACUGAAGUUUAUGGUGACUUCAAAGUCACUUGUGUAGAAAUGGAACCACUUGCUGAAUAUGUAGUUAGAACGUUCACCCUGGAGAGGAGAGGCUACAAUGAGAUCCGUGAAGUUAAACAGUUUCACUUCACUGGCUGGCCUGACCAUGGGGUGCCCUACCAUGCCACAGGGCUCCUUUCCUUCAUCCGGCGAGUCAAGUUAUCUAACCCUCCUAGUGCUGGUCCUAUUGUGGUGCAUUGCAGUGCUGGUGCUGGACGAACUGGCUGUUAUAUUGUGAUUGACAUCAUGUUGGACAUGGCUGAGAGAGAAGGUGUUGUUGACAUCUAUAACUGUGUUAAGGCCUUAAGAUCUCGACGCAUCAACAUGGUCCAGACAGAAGAGCAGUACAUUUUUAUUCAUGAUGCAAUUUUGGAAGCCUGCUUGUGUGGAGAAACUGCUAUACCUGUCUGUGAAUUUAAAGCUGCAUAUUUUGAUAUGAUUAGAAUAGACUCGCAGACUAACUCUUCACAUCUCAAAGAUGAAUUUCAGACUCUGAAUUCAGUCACCCCUCGACUACAAGCUGAAGACUGCAGUAUAGCAUGCCUGCCAAGGAACCAUGACAAGAAUCGUUUCAUGGACAUGCUGCCACCUGACAGAUGUCUGCCUUUUUUAAUUACAAUUGAUGGGGAGAGCAGUAACUACAUCAAUGCUGCUCUUAUGGAUAGCUACAGGCAACCAGCUGCUUUCAUCGUCACACAAUAUCCUCUGCCAAACACUGUGAAAGACUUCUGGAGAUUAGUGUAUGAUUAUGGCUGUACCUCCAUUGUGAUGUUAAAUGAAGUCGACUUGUCCCAGGGCUGCCCUCAGUACUGGCCGGAAGAAGGGAUGCUGCGAUACGGCCCUAUCCAAGUGGAAUGUAUGUCUCGUUCAAUGGAUUGUGAUGUUAUCAACCGGAUUUUUAGGAUAUGCAACUUAACAAGACCCCAGGAAGGCUACCUGAUGGUACAGCAGUUUCAGUAUCUAGGCUGGGCUUCUCAUCGGGAAGUGCCUGGCUCCAAACGCUCGUUUUUAAAACUGAUACUACAGGUGGAAAAAUGGCAAGAGGAAUGUGAAGAAGGGGAAGGUCGGACGAUCAUCCACUGCCUAAAUGGUGGCGGGCGAAGUGGAAUGUUCUGUGCCAUAGGCAUUGUUGUUGAAAUGGUGAAACGGCAAAAUGUUGUCGAUGUUUUCCAUGCAGUGAAAACGCUAAGGAACAGCAAGCCAAACAUGGUGGAAGCCCCGGAGCAGUACCGUUUCUGCUAUGAUGUGGCUCUGGAGUAUCUGGAAUCAUCUUAGUUGGCUGAGUCUCUGAGGCGCACUGAAGCGAGAAGCCCCAUCGUCUGUGGAGCCAGCAGCUGUUGCACCUGUUACACCUGUGCAGAGAUGUGGAUGUGGGGGGUGGGAGACUUUUACAUUGGAGAGGUGAAAGUAUUUUUCUUACGAAAUUGUGUGACUUCAUUGAAAAAAGGACUUGACGAGUUUCUCUUACUGUAUUAAAGCAUCAGCAUUUCAUGCCACAUAGAUUCUAUUUAAUCAGAACCAUUUUCAGGUGAGAUCUUACAGUAUUUGUACAGUGAAUCUUCAGCUUUCUCUCUCCUGAUUUCAGUAGAGCAGCCGUCACGUGUUGCAUGAAUGGAUACUUCCUAUGUGG